AUGUUCAGUGGAUAUGCUGACCUGGAUCUCCAGUCUAGCCUAGUGGAUUUCAAAGACUGGCUCUUCGCGCCUGACAGGUCGCCCUGGAUAGCCGACACUUAUGAGCGUCUCACCGGAGACCAUGAUUAUUCGAGCAACCCCGAAAAUGAGCCAUGCUACUUCCCUUGUUGCGAACCCGCACCAACGGAUCAUGUCAACCUUGACGCCUGGAUAAAGCAAAUGUCGUUCUCGGCAAUCCAUACUCUCGAGCUCGACUGGAUUGACAGCACCGUCUCAUCUCGUCUCUUCUACCGGCUGCUGUCCCUGACGAACCUAUCCAUCCACGGCGCCGAUCGAUGCUCGACGCAAUCCCUGCAGUCUUACCUCGAACAGCCCUUACAGCCCCUGAUCACCCUCCAUCUCAGCAACAUUCAACUCCCGAACAACACCUUCGGGCCCCUCAUCACCACGCUCGGCAGCACGCACAGAAACCUCAGCGACCUCACUCUUCGAGCCGAGAACACCAUUGUAUCCCCUGCGGAACUCAACCGUCUCGCCUCCCUUCUCCCGAACCUAACAUCCCUAACUCUCUCGCACAACCGCUCACUUCCCCUGCUCCCCUCCUCCUCACGCUAUUCUCCUGAAGAAGAAGCAGCAGCAGCAGCAGCAGCAGCAACCUUCUCCUCCCUCCAACAACUCAAACUCCACGUCCCCUCCCCCGGAGACUUCUACAAGACACAGCAAGACACAGUCUUCAACGCCAGCACGCUCGCAACGCAAUUCCGCGACCUCACCUCCCACCACCCCGCCAACAGCACCGCCUCCACGACUUCGACCGCAGCAGUACGCAACAUCCCCGCGCCCAAACUGCAAGAACUCGAGGUCCUCAUCGGGCCCUGGAGUCGGCGCAACGAGAACAGCAUGCUAGGUCCGCCGACGGACGUUAUGGGCCGCUAUGUCUGUACCCGCCAGGCUACAGGCGAUGACGAAAAAGGAGGAGGAGGAGGAGCCGUGGUGGUGGAGUGCAGCGGCGGCGUACUCUCGCCCUGGAGCCGCGGUGGGGGGGCUCUGGUCGAGGAGGGACCGUGCGCGAGGGAAGUGCUGGCGGAUGACGAAGACAUGGACAUGUACGGCGGAAUCGAUGACUUUGAGAUUGGGGAUGGAACCUUGGAGGGAGAGUCGUGGUGA